AUGGGCUACGUCCAUUACAUCGCUCGACGAUCUGUCGAGCACCCCUCGGUCUCGAACCUCUUCAAGAGGGCUGUCGAGGACGCUCCUAAGCUUGAGGUUCCCGUCUGGGGUCAGGUCGUGUUCGGCGUAACCUUCUUUGCCAUCAUUAUCGGUCUCAGUCUUCUUGAGUACACUCUCAAAGAUGUCAUCGCGACCCUUUGCAUGGUAGAGACUCCCUCUGCUGCCAUCACCGUUUCCCAGCCCAACGAGGACGAUGUCCACGACUCCAAGGAGGGUCUCCUCGAGACUGGCCCUGCCAUCACCCUCGUCCACCAGAAGCCCAUCACCUCGAGCAUUCGCGGCACCAUCCGCCACCUCGUCGCCCAUGCCGGCCGCUGGUCAAGGUUCCGGGGAUACAAGCUUCAUGUUCUCUACUCCAUCUCCUUCUCCAUGGUCUCUGUCAUCGCUCAAGGCAUGACCUCAUUCCUUCCCGGCAACGCCAUGUUCGGUUCCGUUAUCGCUGGUGUCGCUGUUGCCAACCUCCACGCAACCUGGACACACAAGGUCAUCUCCAUGCCCACUGACAAGAGUCUCAAGGAGCGAUUCGUUCCCCGCUCCAACUGGAAGGCACUCGUCCUCCCCGCUGCGGUCCAGGCCUCGGCUGUCCACGUCUCCGCCUACCUCGCACAGGGCCUCGCCAUCGUCCUUGGACUCGACAAUCUUGACCCCGAGAAGAUGCGUGACUACAACAGCUCCCAGUGGACCUCGCUCAUCCUCCGAUUCGUCGCCGUGCUUUUCGUCCUCCUCUUCAGCGCUCUCUUCAUCGUCCUUCCUGCUCUCGUGACCCUCAUCCGCGUCGAGGCAUCCAUCUUGCCCGAAGACCAGGACACUAUCGUCCCCUUUGACCGUAGCUUCGCCGGAAAGGUUGUCCCCAAGAUCCUCGGCGGUUCCGGUGCCAUUGGUUUCGUCGAUGCAUGGAGGUCUUUCACCUGGGAGGCUCGCGGCCGCUUGAUCAAGCUCUACUUCAAGAUUUCCACCAUCAUGGCUGUCCUUGGAUUCCUGUUUGCCCAGGUCAUUCUCUUCGAGAUCUACUUCAUCAUGGGCUCUGCCCUCAAGGAGUACUUUUACGAGAUGCAGCGCCGCAACCACGGCGGCUCCCACUACUAA